UCAGGCUGUCUCACUGCUCUAUCUAGGCAUCUCUGAUUCAUCCUUCCCAAAUAUGGAAGUCCCGGAAGCGGCUGCCGGGCUCAGUUGAGUGACAGCAGGGAGCGCGCCGGGGACGCAGGACCAGACCUCCAUAGCCGAUCCACAUCUCGCUUUUUCUAAAGAAAACGUGAGAGUAAAACCCGGAUACCUUGUCAGAGGUAAUAUUUCGGACCGCUGUCAUGGAAGCACUGGUUGAGCGUCUGGAGCAGGCGGUAGUUCGUCUGGAAGCGGUGGCUGUCAAACUUCAGCACUGUCCUGGGGGCGUGGCCAACGGUGACAUCAUCAGUAACAUGAUCAACGGAGGUGAAUCUCAGAGCAUGGAGGCGUUCGACCUUUUGCUGAGCGGUUCAGUGUCUGAAUAUGUGAAGACCAGCACAUCUAUUGGUGGAGAAGUGGCAAAUCAUGCAGAAAUGGUGAACAAUGCCCUGCAGAUCCAGCGUACUUUCCUCAAAAUGGCCAUGACACACCAAGAGCCAUCAAAGACAGAGCUGGCCGACCUCCUCAGACCCCUCUCCGAACAGAUCCAUGAGGUCCAGAGCUUCCGGGAGAAGAACCGCGGCAGCAGCCUGUUCAACCACCUGUCUGCCGUGAGCGAGAGCAUCCCGGCUCUGGGCUGGGUGGCUGUGUGUCAGAAACCAGGGCCGUACGUGAAGGAGAUGAACGACGCCGCGAUGUUCUACACCAACAGGGUCCUGAAAGAUUACAAAGACACCGACGGCCGUCACGUGGAGUGGGUGCGUUCCUAUCUGAGCAUCUGGACUGAACUUCAGACCUACAUCAAGGAUCAUCACACCACUGGCCUCGUCUGGAGCAAGACUGGUCCUGUAGCCCCUUCCUCACUGUUCAAUUCUUCAUCUGAUGGUCCAUGCCCUCCUCCUCCUCCUCCUCCACCAGGACCUCCUCCAGUGUUCCUGGAUAACAGCGCUGCUCCUGACGACACAGCGGCCCAACACUCGGCUCUGUUCGCACAGCUCAACCAGGGCGAGGCCAUCACUAAAGGUCUAAAGCAUGUGUCGGACGAGCAGAAGACCCAUAAGAACCCAAACUUGCGUUCUCAGGGAGAGAGGACACACCAGGACUCUCCGUCCAAACGUCCCAGUGCGUCUGUCCGAGCGCCUGCCAAGAAACAUUCCCCCGUGCUGGAGCUGGAAGGGAAGAAGUGGAGGGUGGAGUACCAGGAUCAGUCUCGUGACCUGCUGAUAGAGGAGACGGAGCUCAGACAGGUGGUUUAUGUCUUCAGCUGUAACAGCUCCACACUGCAGAUCAAAGGCAAAGUCAACUCCAUCAUAGUGGAUAACUGUAAGAAGCUCGGACUCGUGUUUGACAGUGCGGUGGGCAUCGUUGAGAUCAUCAACUCCAGAGACGUUCAGCUUCAGGUAAUGGGAAAAGUUCCUACAAUUUCCAUUAACAAGACCGAAGGCUGCCAUGUCUACUUGAGCAAGGAUUCACUCGACUGUGAGAUUGUCAGUGCCAAGAGCUCAGAGAUGAACAUCCUGGUUCCUGAGGGAGAAGAUGAUUAUAGGGAGUUUCCAGUUCCAGAGCAGUUUAAAACGGUUUGGGACGGAUCCAGUCUGGUGACAGAGCCCACAAAGAUUGCUGGUUGAUUCUUUUCCAGCUCGUCAUCUCUUUCCUCCUACCCAGAAUUCUUCAUGCACUUUCACUGUUAGCUCGAACGUAAGAAUUCAUACAUUGUGAGUUGUAGUUUUAGGGUCAGAAAAUUCAGAUUAAGAGCAAAAUAUAAACAAACAAGUUCCAUUUCCCCAAACAAAUCACUGUUUCUCCUUCAAUUAAGCAGCAAUAAAAAUGCAUUAUUAUUA